UUCGUCUUUGACCGCCAGCAGCAUGCCUCCCCGUCUGCGACACCGACCCCAGCCUGAGGAGGAAGAUGCUGCGGUGCUGAAGCUUGGGCCUGAGUUCAACAAUGCUGGUUGUCUGCUCAUCUCGGAAGUGAAGUACCUGCUCGAGAACAGAGAUAAAGAUGCCCCGGAUACUGCUGUUUACAACAAGACCCUCGAGUACGUCAAGACGUUCGCCAAGUUCAACACCACGGAUUCCGCCAGCGCUGUCCGAGAGACCCUUCGGAGAGAACCUGCUCUGACUCAGUUUGAAACCGCACAGAUAGCCAACCUUUGCCCUGCCGACGCUGAGGAGGCGAAGAGCAUCAUCCCGAGUCUCGUGAAGAUUGACGAUGAUAGGCUGCAAGCCCUCCUCGACGAGAUCCAGACAAUGAGGAAGUUCCAGUCAUGACCUCUUACCCUCGCCGCCGACGGUCUCGAUCAAGAGUGGGUCGUCAAUUUUCUACUCUCGAAGCGUAGCCAAAGUAUCAUUAUGGGAUCUGCAUGGCGACAUUGACGAUACCAGCGUGCAAGCAAACGUUACGACGAUUCGUGCGUGACUCGGGUCCAGGGCAGGCCGCCCCGGGAGACUCUGCCGCUGAGGGUAGUAUGUGGUACGACCAGGUGUGUCGACUAGACAAUGGUCGAAUUUGGUGAGGCAUAUGGGCGGAUGAUUGGUGUAUCUCACAGUUCUGUCUGUACGGUAGCAGGUCGGAAUGGAUGUGCAUUUACA